AUGUGCCGAUUGCUCUUCAGCACCUACUCCGACGGGCCAACAAUGGUGCUCUCACCUCCGUACUUCCACAACGCCGACUCCUUUUUCGCCUCCAGUUAUUCGGACCCCACACCUGACCGCCCCCAAUUCCCCCGUCCUGGCGCCGUUUCCGCUCCUGUGAAUGGCAUCCCUUCGGACCCUCCCAAGUCUUCAGUCAGCCCUCCCAGUUUGUCAACCACGGCCUCGUCUCCGGCCUCUUUAGUCGCCAACCCGUCCCGCAAACGAUCCCGUGAUGAAUUUAACGCGUCUAACGAUGAGAAUGAUAUGACAAGAACCAUUCCAGCUCAACAUGCCCCCUCCCCUCGGACCCCCGAAGAGCCAAUUUAUGGAGAAGGAAUGGUGCUUUUGAACCCACGCACCGGCCUUGCCCUGUCAGCUGAAAGUCAGACCGGCACCUGGUUUGAAGAGAAAGCCGAGAUUGAAGCCGCCGCCGCCCCUCCCGUUGCUGUUGCCUCCGGUUCUGGCCGACCAGACCUCCUCAGCCGCAAGUCUCAACGUCUCGACUCCUCUGCCGCGGGCUGGGAUGAUAUUACUGCCGCUGCCAUCCAACGCAAACUCCAUUCUUCCGUGCAAAACGAUACCUAUCGCAACAUCAACGGAUCUACUUCCACCUCACUAUCGGGUCCCUCAGGCCCGCAGACCCCACUAAUCGACGAUGCAACCCUUCUUUUAGGAAUCAGUUGGCAGCGUGUGGAUACCCAAGACAAAGACAUGGCGUCAGCAGUUCGUGGCUGGGAAAAGUACAUCAAUAACCAUUUUUCGACCUUCCUUGAGAACGCUCAAAUCUUGCUUAAACAUCGAGGGCUCAACGCAUACCUCGUCACCGCUCAGCCUGCCAACUAUCACUCCAUGGGAGUUUUCGACACACCCAUGAAUGGCUUUGGCCACAACGUCAAUGAACAGCAUUUUUACCUCUUCAAAGAAGACCUGACUGAAGGACAGCUUGUCGGCAAAACCUGGGAGUCCUCUCUCGCUAACCUGAAGUCUAAUCCUAUUGCCUUUGCAGCAGGCUCCGAAGUGAUGAGAGCGGCCGAGCGGACUCCGGAACGACUGAUUGAAGACACAGGAAUCCCGAACGGGGCCUUUUACAUGACCGGAAACGGAAUCAAGAUGGGAAAUGAAGGGAUGGAAAUGACGAUGGACAUCGACCGAUAG